UAAUAAAGCGUUCAGUUUGCUUUCUAUCUUCAUCAUGUUUCCGCGGACACUGGCUCUUAUUUUUUUGUUAGCACCUAUUGUUUUGAGUGAACUUUUUAAUGAUCCGGAACUGCUGGCAGGAUUUUAUCAGGGGGACAUCAAAGCUCAUCCAAUUCGAACUCGAAACGGAAUGGUCAAUAAGAUUUAUCACUGGCCUAAUCAAACUGUGCAAUAUUUGAUUGAUAAAAAUGAAUUUGCCGACAGUCAUCAUCGGGAAAUUCUCAGAGCCAUUUCCAUCAUAGAGGCCAAGUCGUGUGUUGUUUUCAAGCCAGCUACUGAAACCGAAUUUCACAAGGCGCUCGUCAUUACGUCCAAAGGCAAGGGCUGCAAUUCAGUUUACUUGGGCUACAGGAAUAAGAAGCACGUGGUAAAUCUUGAGACUUACCCACUUGGCGAGGGCUGCUUUCGCAUCGGUUCCAUAAUCCACGAGCUCCUUCACGUCCUGGGCUUUGAGCAUCAGCAUGUGGCCCAAAAUCGAGACAACUACGUCAGCAUCCAGUGGGAAAAUAUAAAUCCGCAGUACAAAAUCAAUUUCGUAAACAACGACAAUUCUACUGGGUGGCACGACUUCGACGAAGGCUACGACUAUGAAAGUGUUAUGCACUAUGUGCCCAAGGCCUUUUCCAAGAAUGGCGAACCCACCAUUGUGCCCCUAAAGGAUGGGGCUGCCAAUAUGGGUCAGCGACUGUAUAUGAGCGAAAAGGAUAUUCGCAAGCUGAACAAAAUGUACAGAUGCCCUGGUUAUGUUUAGGCAAAAUACAUUUGAAUUUAUCAUACAA